AUGGCAAAUACUCAAUCGGGAAUUGGGCGUCUAGAGGCGAUCUGUUCUCUGCCUGUGGUGACUACCCCGGUGGUGUCUCAGUUGCCGGAUCAGCCGGCCUUGGACCCGGUGAAAACUUUGCUGGAACAUCUGGUGGCGAAUAUGGCUAGGUUUGAAGUUCGAAUGGAUGACUUCGAACGUCGUUCUUCGUCGUCGCGACAGGCCUCCAGGCCCGAUCCAGAUCCACCAUACUCUGGUGUCACCACCACACCGGUUGCGGCCACGAUGCCCUCGUUGCCACCCUCGUCGGCGAUUAGUAUCGCGACUCCAGCUCUACCGCUUGCAGCGAGCGCCCCGUUCCUAGGAUUUCAUGAGGGUUUCCGCCCUAACCCUACUGGGCCACCAGGCUUUGGGCGUCUUUCAUCGGCCCAGCGAUUCUCCAUGCCGGAACAACACUCGUCAUGGGACAUACCGGCCGCGACUAGACCAGCCACGACGUGGGACGCGUGGGGACAACGUCCGUUUCUGGAGCAGCAAUUUCAGAAUCCGGGGUCCGCAUGGGAUCUGCCGGGAUCGCGUCAGUGGGGCGGCUCGCAUGGGUCGGAUAAACCAGGCGGUUUAACGAUGAAGCCGCCGCGUUUUGAUGGAUCAAACGUGGUCAGUUGGAUCUCUAGAGUCCAAUUUUAUUUUGAUCAUUGUAGGCUGCCAGAGGAUCAUCGCUUACACUACGCGGUUAUGUUGUUUGAACCACCGGUUGCUGAAUGGGUUUUCAACUAUCGGGAGGGUAACCCGUCGGCCCGUUGGUCGGAGUUUUUGGAGGAUGUUCGUCGACGUUUUGACCCUAAAUGCUUUGUUGACUAUUUCGGGGUUCUUGCUAAAUUAUGCCAGACGGGAUCGUUGGAGGAAUAUAACAGUGAGUUUGACGGUAUGCUGAACAGAGUUCGGGGGGUGCCAGACGGUAGAUUGGUGACUUUGUAUGUGGAGGGAUUACAACAACCGGUUCGCAAUCAAGUUAAAUUUCAGUACCCUCCGUCGGUGGCUGCGGCAAUGGCUUUGGCCGUAGAGUUUGAUGCUGCAAUCGACAAGCAGCCGCCUAAACAGUCCUUCCAGCGCAGAGCUUGGCAACCCCGGGAGAACGCACAACAUCCAUCUUCCUUGACCAUCACACCGUCGGGGUCAGCGACGGGACCGCAGCAACAGCGUGAGGGGCAGCCAACAGGGAAGAGUGCUGACUUUGCAGGCUUACCAGUGGUCCGGAUAUCGGCUGCCGAGAGAGCCGAGCGUACACGAAAAGGGUUGUGCUGGUAUUGUCCAGAUAAGUGGGUCCCCGGGCACGUGUGUAGGGGGAAAUUCUUGGUUUAUAUGGGCAUGGACGACGAGGGAUCGGAGCUCGUGGAGACAGAGCAGGCGGCGGAGGAGGUCAUCACAGCGGAUCUGUCCCACAUUUACGCGCUAGGAAGGGGACCGCAUGCGGCCUCAAUGGAGUUGCAGGGUCAGAUCGGACAGGAACAGGUGACGAUUUUGGUCGAUACGGGCAGCUCCCAUGACUUUUUACACCCGCGAAUUGCGGAGAGGCUGAAAUUGCCGCUGACUGCAGUACGUCCAUUCCGGGUCUACGUAGGUAAUGUGGCGUCGUUGGUUUGUUCUUUUGCUAGCGUGGCAACAGAGCUGUGGAUUCAACAGGAGAAAUUUAUUGUCACUUUGCAUAUUCUACCUGUACAUGGGUUGGAUGUUGUGUUGGGAUUAUCUUGGUUACACUCCCUCCGGCGGGUGACCAACGAUUUUGUCAAGGGCACGAUCGAGUUCUUACGGGAUGAUGCCCCUGUAUGUCUGCGGGUGGCGCCCUCCGUGCCUCGGGAGGUUUCCCCCAGUGCCGCUGCCUCGUUGCUCCGUCUGAGGGGAGAGGCUCAUGUGUUUGAAUUACUACAGUUAGCGUCUGACUUGGAUCAGCCCGAGGGCGAGAUGUUUUUCCCGGCUGAUUUGCCAGAAUCGGUGGUCGGAGUUCUGGACCGCCAUCGCAAGGUCUUCCAGUUGCCGUCCGGCAUGCCACCGGCUCGACCAUUUGACCAUAGGAUUCACCUAUUGCCCAACUCUAAACCAAUUAAUGUCCGACCAUACAGGUAUCCUUACUUUCAGAAGACAGAAAUAGAGCGGCAAGUGAAGGAGAUGCUAGAUGCGGGGAUCAUCAGGAGAAGCCAGAGCCCCUUCUCGUCACCUGUGCUACUGAUCCGGAAGAAAGAUGGGUCUUUCCGCUUCUGUAUCGACUACAGGGCUUUGAAUUCAGCGACUGUGCCAGACCAUUUCCCCAUCCCGACGACGGAUGAGCUGUUUGAUGAACUCGGGGCAGCCCGGGUGUUCACGAAGCUAGAUCUCCGUGCAGGUUAUCACCAGAUACGGAUGCAUUCUGAGGAUGUGUUCAAAACGGCAUUCAGGACGCAUGACGGCCAUUUUGAAUUUUUGGUAAUGCCGUUCGGUCUGACGAAUGCACCGUCGACAUUUCAGGCGGCAAUGAAUGAUAUAUUUAGACCUCUUCUUCGCCAAUCAGUCAUUGUUUUCUUUGAUGACAUUUUAAUUUACAGCCCGACAUUGGAGAGCCACACCGAGCACUUGCAGGAGGUGCUUUCUAUCCUAGCAUCACAUAGCUUCUUUGUGAAAUUAUCGAAGUGCACAUUUUGUUGCUCUACGGUGGAUUACUUAGGCCAUUUGAUCGAGGCGGGGCAGUUGAAGGCCGACCCGAGUAAGAUAGAGGCGAUGGUGGCUUGGCCAAAGCCUACAACAGUCAAGCAGUUAAGUGGUUUUUUGGGACUGACGGGUUAUUACAGGCGGUUUAUUGCAGGUUAUGCUUCCAUUGCAGCAACUCUAUGUGCGGAAGUUAAUGGGGUACAAGUUCCGCAUUGA